AUGCUAUUCGCAAGAGCGUUGUUUUUUGUGUUCCUUUGGUACGCAGUAAAUUCUGGCGAAAAUCGAACCCUGAAAAAUGAUUUCAAUUUGGAAAAGAAAAUUGCACUGGCUCCACUUGCAGGAACGAAACAUGAAGUGAACCAAGUUCCAUCUAAUUAUGUGAAGCGAGGCAACAUUUUUAGUAAGUAUAAGUGAUAUUAGGCCGGGUGAUUUUAUUUGGUUUUAUUUUUACUUUUUUACGAAGUUUUACUAAGAUUACCAAAUGAUUUCAAGUUUAACAGUCUCUGUGCGUCCGAACGAUGCACUUAUAACAGACGCUUUUGAUUCACAUAUAAGCAUUUACUGUUUCGUCUGAUAAAUACGACGGCCAGUAACUAUAAACUUAACACGGAUUGUUUGUCAGGUAUAGUUUGUGAGUAUAUAGUUAGUUCCUGGAUCUCAGUGACAUAUUGAAAUAUAAAUGCGGCCAUUGCCUUUAGAUUUUUAGGCGUAUUGCUCAAUAAUAUAUAGGGUUCGAUCCUGCUGCCAUUUAAAGGGACUAUAGUUUUAUUUUACACGUAACUGCUCUUGACAAUGAAAUGAAAUGUUUUUAAGAAAGUGGCGUACGACAACAAACUGAUGCUAAAUUUGGAAAAAAAAACUGGUCACUGUCUUUUAAACUAACAAUAUAAAAAAAAGAGUUAAUACAUUUUCAUAUUUCAUGAUCUGCAUGGUCAUUCUUUUUGGAAGAAUCUAUAGAAAGAGAAGAUGAGUUACCGACCAAAUAUCGUAUCUGCAUAAGCCAUGAGCUAAGAAAAAGUAUUUGAACUUAAUAGUUUACAUGUAUAUAUAUAUAUAUUUUUUCACUGAUGCAUGAAAGCAACUCCAAAAUAUUAAGAUUGCAGUUCUUAUAAUCAAGCUACACUUUUUGAAAUUAUAAAAUAUGAUACAAUUUUAGUAAAAUAUUUCUGUUUUAAACAUGUAUUUUUUUGUUCAGGUUUUGCCUUUUCUUACAGCAGCAAAGUCGACAAAUUUUUCAAAGAGUUGUUCCCAUCCGACCCGGGUUCGUGUUUAAACAAAGCCAAACAAAAAAGUGCCACAUUUACCAAGUAUUCUAAACGUAAGCAAAAGGCUGUUCAGUUGGUCAACAUAUACACCCAAGAAUGUAAGAAAUACAUGGGCAUUGUCGGGAAACCUAUAUAUUCUACUUUAAACGAAAACCUUAGAGGAAAACCUAAAAAAAUCUGGAAAAGAAUGUCCGCAUUACUAAACAAAGGGCUUGCUCUUCUUGGUCGUAAAAAAAUUCCAAAUCUUUACCGUGGCUGCCAUUGUCCAAUUGUUAAGAAAGGCACACCGUUCACUUUCAAGCAAUUUGCCAGCACUUCAAGCAAUCCAGCUGUUGCGCUCAAGUUUCUUUCUGCAGGAAAGUCCUUUAUUCAUAUAAAGGAGGCGGAAGGGACUGAUAUAAAACUAUAUUCGUAUUAUUCAAAUGAAGAUGAAUUCCUGUUAGGGCCUGAUGUAAACCUGGAUGUGGUCCAAGUUGAAACCGUCCCUAAACGAAUACACGAAGAAAUCAAGAAAAUAUCACCAUCCACAAAGAUACAAGACCUGCAAGGCGUCAAAAUGUUUGUCGUGCUUGAUGGCUCAAGAAAAAAGAAAAAAGCAAAAGGUGGUUUCUGGAGCACAUGCCUGUGUGGUGGCGGCAAGCUUUAA